AUGAGUACCCUAAAUCGAGAUGGCAGAAAAACUGUAUUUAUUACAGGAUGUACCAGUCCAGGAAUAGGCAAUGCUCUCGCGCGCGAGUUCCAGGCCAAGGGAUGUCGCGUGAUUGCUUCUGCGCGAACCCGCAAGGCGAUUGCUGAUUUAGAGGAAUUGGGGAUCGAGACUGUGGAUCUGGAUGUUUGUGAUGAGGAGAGUGUUAAGGCUGCUGCGAGGGAGGUGGAGGGGUUGGUGGGGGAGAGGGGGUUGGAUGUUUUGGUUAAUAAUGCUGGACGAAAUAUGACGCUGCCUGCUCUCGACGUUCCUCUCUCUGAGGCUCGCGCAACUUUCGAAACGAACUUCUUUGCGGUGGUUCUUAUGAAUCAGCAGUUUACGCCUCUUCUAAUUCGUGCUUCGCCAUCCUUAAUUCUAAAUAUCGGUUCUGUCGCGGGCAUUAUCCCAUAUAUCUACUCCUCAAUCUACAACGCCUCGAAAGCUGCUCUGCACGCCUAUUCCGAUACACUUCGUCUCGAACUCGAACCAUUCGGCGUGCGCGUCAUGGUCGUAGUCACAGGCGGCGUUCAAAGUAAUAUCGCUCGGACGGAAAGACUAUUACCUGAUGACAGUUUGUAUAGACCUGUAGAGAGGGAAUUUAAUGCGAGAGUGAAGCAUAGCCAGAGCAAUGCGAUGGAUACGGGGAUGUAUGCUAGAGGGUUAGUGCGGGAGGCAUUGAAGACGGAGCCGAAACAGUGGGUUUGGAGGGGUAAUAUGGCACAUGCUAUUAAAUGGGCGUGGAACUUGGGACUGGGAGGAUGGUUGUUUGGCAGGUAUAUGAGGAGGAUUGGGGGGUUGUGGAGGUUGGCGGCGAUGGUUGGGAGUAAGAAAGUAGAGGGGAAGAAGAUUGUUUGA